GGGAAGUCUUGUUUUUUCCCUACCUUGAACCUUCAUCUCCAGCAAAAAUGGGUCGUUUGAGGCAAAAAGGCAAGGCUGGCGCAGCGAAGGCCUACGUAACCCGUUCAUCAGCGGUCAAGCGCCUUCAGUGCUCGCUGGCUGAUUUCCGACGACUAUGUAUACUAAAAGGCAUAUUUCCUCGUGAACCUCGCAGCAGAAAACGUGCUAACAAGGGUUCCUCUGCUCCGACUACAUUCUAUUAUGCAAAGGAUAUAGCCUUCCUGGCGCAUGAACCUGUUCUGAGGAAAUUGCGCGAGCACAAGGCUUUCGCCAAGAAGCUUUCUCGCGCACUUGGUAGAGGGGAAUGGAGUGACGCAAAAAUUCUCGAAGAGAAUAAGCCGGUGUAUCGGCUCGACCAUAUCAUCAAGGAAAGGUAUCCUUCAUUUAUCGAUGCUUUGAGGGACAUAGACGAUGCCUUGUGCAUGAUUUCUCUAUUUGCGAAUCUACCCUCCAAUCCUCGCAUACCGCCGUCUCUCAUAGAAAACUGCUCUCGUCUGUCAGCUGAAUGGCAACUUUACAUCAUGCGCUCCAAAUCACUACGGAAAGCAUUUUUCUCAAUAAAAGGCGUCUACUACCAGGUAGAAGUCAUGGACCAGACGGUGACAUGGUUAGUUCCGUAUCAGUUCACCCAAAAUAUUCCCACUGACGUGGAUGUACGAGUUAUGUUGACAUUUUUGGAGCUUUAUCAGACUCUUCUUGGAUUUGUCUUCUUCAAGCUUUAUACAGACGCUGGACUCAUAUACCCUCCACCACUGGACAUGAAGAAAUAUGAUGGGGGUGCGGGAGUAGGAGCCUUCAGUCUUCAAGAGAUAGUUCAAAAUAGCGACUCGGCGCGGCCGAGUCUCAAAGUGGUGGAUGUCGAGGGUCGCAAAAUCUCGACUAAGGACGUCAAGCAAACCAUCAAAAGCAUGACUACAGAUGGCUCUGGAGUUGAGGGAGCUGAUGUGAAUAUGUCAAAUCCCGAAGAGGUGCCUCAAGACGCUGAUGAAGACUUCGUACCUCAUGUUUCGGCUUCGGAUACACUUCCUGCGUCGUCGCUACCAACUCUCAAAUCGUUGGAAGCCCUUCCUCAGUCUUCAGCGCCCUCUCUUUUCGCACCAUAUACAUUUUUUCUAUCUCGCGAGACUUCCAGACCUAUAUUUGAAUUCCUUGUACGGUCGUUUGGCGGGCGAAUUGGAUGGGAGUCCUCUUCUGGAGACGGAUCGCCUUUUUCUUUCUCUGAUGAUUCCAUCACACACGUCAUCAUCGACAGGCCGGUAGUUGAACGAACGGAUGAAACAUCCGAGGAACGGCAAAGACGGCUUCGGAGAAAGUACGUACAACCUCAAUGGGUUGUUGACUGUAUUAAUGCAGGGAGAAUUCUGCUGGAGGAGCCAUACGCGCAGGGAAAGACCCUCCCACCACACCUCAGUCCCUUCGGCGAGUAUGAAGGUGCCUAUGACCCUACGAUUGGAAUUGGAGCGCAGGAAGUUGCUGAGGAAGAAAGCGAAUCAGAAGUCGAGGAUAACAUUGUAGUCGAUGACGCGGAGGAAGGUCCAGAAGAAAGGUCCGACAAACGAGCAUUGGAAGCUGUUGCAAUGGCAGCAGCUGAAGAUGAAUCUGCUUUGCGGGCUGCAGAAUUGGCUGCAGAAGUUGCGGGUGUAGAUCCAAGUGCAUUCGAUAAAGAGGUGCAGAAAUCGCGGAAAAAGAUGAAGAAGACGAAUGAUGCCGACGACGAAUCUGACAUGAACAAGAUGAUGAUGAGUAACCGGCAGAAAAAACUCUACGAGAAGAUGAAGUACGGCCAACAGAAGAAGGCCCUGGAGCGGUCUACUCUGGAAGCAAAAAAGAAAGGAAUACAAAAGGACAAGCGAAAGCAAGGCAAGACGUAGUAGACGUGCUCUAGUGAUCUUAUCUGGUAUUCUGUACUUUAUCUUCGUAGACUAAGAUUUUUGCGCUGCGUGUAACGUGACGAAAUACGAGGCACAGCACGGCAAUUUCCAAUUGCCUGAUUUUGGCAUUGAAUCCGUUC